AUCCGUGACAGCAGCAGCAGCAGAAGAGCAGAGUCUCAGCGACGGUGACGACUGAGAAACUGUCAAAGUUUUUAUUCUCAGUUUAUUCUCAGACUCUGAGAGAAAAAUGGGUUUAACUGCCAUCUUUGUUCUCUGCAGCUUUGCAGUGGCCACAGCACAGAGUCCAGUGACUCUGAAGGCCGACGUUCCCUUUGUGAGCGUGCACGCCUCUCAGAGCGCUGAGCUAGAGUGCUGCUACAUCACCGCUGGGACGGCCAAGAAAGUCACUCCGACCUGGGUCAGAACCUUCAAAUAUGGAAGCAACACUGUGGGUCCACUCAGAGUGAAGACGUCUGCGACUGUGGGACAAUUGGACAAACGUGACUCACAGUGUGGGACACUGACUCUGGCCUCAGUGCAGCUCAAUGACACUGGACUUUACCAGUGCUUGUUCAACAGUCAGAUCCUCUCCUAUGGCACCUACCUGCAGGUCUACUGGCCACUGAAGAAGACAAUAAAUCUCAGUGAAAGCACCAAAAACAAGAUCCUGACAGCUGAGGGAUUCCUGCUGUUACUGUGUAUGCUCUUACCAACUGCAGGCCUCCUCUUCAAGUCAAAGAAACUACAUGAACUAGAGAAGAAGAAAGCAGCAAAGGAAGAGGAAAACAUAUAUCAGGGGCUGAAUCUGGACGAUUGUUGUUCCACAUAUGAUCAGAUCGAGCGUCCCCCGGCUUCGGGCCCUUACCAGGACGUGUGCAACUUUAUGGAAGAAGAGGAGGAGAUUCAGCUGGAGAAACCAUGAAGGGAAUCCAUUUUGAAAGCUUUGUUUUUUUUUCACAUUAGCCUGCAGCAUCUUUAAAUAUGUUAUUCAAUCCGCUUCAUGUAUGUGAAUGUCUGAGCUUAGAAACAAGAGUUGACAAUAUAAGCUUUUUCAAGUAGCACAUGAUCUUCCUCAACAAAUGAAUCCAUGGUCAGGGAAUGAUAAGGCUAUAUACCGUAUGCACCUUCAUAUUUAAUAUCUGCAGGUGAUAUGAUGUGAAAGCUCCAGAACUGACGCUGAGUCUGAAUGCAGCAUAUUUCUUGCAUUUUGACGAUGAACAGAGUAGGUAAAGUAUGAGACUGUCUCAGCCAGCAUGUUCGUGUGGACCCCAUAAGGGUUAUCUUCUGGCUUACAAUAUGGAUCCCAAGUGGGUUUGCCCGUGGUUUCCAUGGUGACCCCACCUGUGUUUGCCCACUGCAAGGCCAUGCUC